AUGGCAAUUGCAGUUAUUCCUAGAAACUUUAUUAAUGCCGCCCAAUGGGCUGAUACGGGAACCAGAGGCACAAAACUAGCGAAGCAGGCCAGAUGGGGACAAAUCUUGUCUAAAAGAAAAGAUGGGAUAAAUCAAAGUGAACUAUUUUUCAGAAGGGAAUUUUCCCCGGAAGACCCUCCACCGGGAGUCACCGCUCGUCGGGUCUCCGUCCCCCUCUUUCCCCGCUCCCCCGAAUCAGAACUCCGACCUCCGGAGUCGCGCUCGGCGACCGCGCUGCCCUGCCACCUCGAGCAAGCAAGGGAGAUGUCUCUAAUCCGAAUAGCUUUUUCUUUGGUCCUCCUCCUCGCCGCGGCGGAGUCCGCGGCGGCGACGCGCUCACCGUCGGCCUUCGUGCAGAACGCCAUCUACUCCAACCGCAUCACCAUCUUCUCCAAAUCCUACUGCCCGUACUGUAUGCGUACUAAGCGAAUAUUUAAAGACCUCAAUGAAAAUCCUUACGUUGUUGAACUUGAUCUCCGAGAGGAUGGCCGAGACAUUCAAGGUGUUCUUCUAGACCUAGUUGGGCGCAAUACUGUGCCACAGGUGUUUGUGAAUGGCCACCACGUUGGUGGCUCAGAUGAUACAAAAACUGCUCUUUCAGACGGACAACUUCAGAAACUUCUUGGUCAGAGUCAGUCGCAGUGAUGAUCACCGCCGAAGCUUGGUAUUGCCCAAAACUUGUGAAAUGUCUAACAUGCGGUGUUCCUUAUGGGAGGAAUGGAACCUUAACACUCUUUAGGAAUAUGAACAGAGUGUUGCAGCUCAUGCCAGGAUUUUUUAUUUUUUUGAGUGGAAGUGUUGUGACAAAAAUCCAUGUGCUGGAUUGUAUGGUUUUCUCAAGUGCAUAUACAUUUAUCUGUUGUGCCUGUUUUUA